GAGAUUUUUUGUCGUUUAUAACCUGCUACACUAUUUCAUCUAUCUCUCAUCUUCCUACCUCUUUCUCUCUCUACCUAAAGCAAAGAAACAAUGAAAACCCUAGUUUUCUCUCUCUAACGGCGCCAACUUAAAUCAAAGUGCGAUUUUCUUGCGAUUGGGGCAAUCUUUACGCUUGCGAUUGAGGAAUGGAUUCCCAAGAGGCAGAGAAGGCUGAUGAUUCUCUUUUGCUUCCUUUAAAGCAACUCACUGAGAUCCUCUCAAGAUUAGAUACUAGAAUGGAUAUGCCGAAAGGUGAUCAACUUCCAUCCCUUCCUUUUGAUCUACUUAUUUUGAUCAUCUCAUGUCUGCCCGUUAAACCUCUUAUGCGUUUCAAGUGUGUUUCCAAGGCAUUGUACGAACUAAUCAACAGCCAAAAAUUUGUCAAACUUCAUUUAAAUCGAUCCCUCCAAGCAGACUCUGACGGGAACCUCAUCUGUUUUGGAUAUUUUUCUAUCCACGCAUUUGACUUCAAUGGUUCCCCUUAUCAUGCUAGCAAUUUUUACUAUCCAGAAAACAUCGGUUAUCCUCGACGUUUAAUUGGAUCGUGUAACGGCCUAGUAUGCUUCUCAUUUCAAGCCGAUCAUCUUAUUAUUCACAAUCCUGCCACUCGAGCCUACAAAACCUUACCAAACCUCCCCUUGACGAAAAAGUAUUGCGAAGUAUUUGCUCCAAUUGGGUUUGGUUAUGAUUGCAUUUCCGAUGAUUAUAAAGUUUUACAGUUUGCAAUGAAGCCUAGUUCUGGAAAAAUUGAGUAUGAAACUCUCCUCUACAGUUGGAGAACUAAUGCAUGGGAGAUUAUUCAGAACCCUCCUUGGAAUUGGGACACUGUUAAAUUAUUCCCAAGUAUUUUGGUUAACAACUCCUUGCACUGGAUGGGUUGUGAGAAUAAAGAGAUAAAAUGUUUUAACCUUUCCACCAAAAGGUAUUAUGAGAUUACCCUUCCUGGGAAAAUUAGUCCUGGCUAUUCACCAACAUUGGGAAUUUUAAGAGGACAAUUAGCUGUAGUAACAUAUUAUCUUGAUAUAUGGAUAUUGAAGGAGUAUGGUGUGCAAGAGUCUUGGACACGACUGUUUCGUUGCCCUUCUGUUGAAUGGAACAAUUUAUUCGAUACACUCACUACUUGGCAUUUGGGGGUCGGUCUUACUUGCUCAAAGGAUGGGAGCAAAAUCCUUGUAGGACUUGCUGGAGGUAUGCCAAACUUUAUUUGCUGUAAUUUAGAAUCAAAAGAAGCUAGGAAGAUUAAAAUCUCAAGUUUCUCGCAUAAAUUGUCUGUCAUACUGCCAUGGGUGGAGUCUCUUGUUCCCGUGUGAGACGAACCAAAGGAAAUAACAGGAAAAGCUGCAUGAUGUUAAAGGAAAAGACAUGCUGGUACAUGUAUUGUGUCUUGUAUCUUAUGAAACUUGGAACUAUUAUUGUUGUUGCUGUACUACUAUUAGCUUAUAACCUGCCCAAUAAUUAGAUUUUUCAAUCUGUAAUCAGUGUAUUCUGCUUGCUAUUAUGACUUGUAAGAUGUAAUCAGUGUAAUGUACUGUUGUUGCUAA